UGGGGUUUGGCACGAGCCCCUGCCUCAGCCGCUAAAUGACCAAGUCAGGCAAGAGCACUCCUUCACAUAUUCGCCUGACGCUUUUCCUCGGAAAGUGCUGAAUCAGACGUUCGAGCGAGUCUUCUGGCACACGCGGCGCUCUUUGUGUCAGUCUUUCCUCUGCUGACUGAAUCAGCACUGGAGUAAACCAUAUGGAGAGAUCUGAGAGCAGACGCCGUCCUGGAAAGUCACCCCCAUGGAUAAUGUCGAAAGUCAGGAGUCGGGAGCUGUACUUGUGUAGCGUGGGGGCUCGUGGGAGGGCCCGGUAGGAGCCGGCACCAUUGCGUCCAACAAGUGGAGUGCCAGCGGCAGCCCGGAGCAGGGGCUGGAGGAUGGGGGUGAUGAGCUGGACAAGGCCAUGGACGGAGACGCCGAGGGUGUGUGGAGCCCCGACAUCGAGCAGAGUUUUCAGGAGGCGCUGGCUAUAUAUCCGCCCUGCGGACGCCGCAAGAUUAUCCUGUCGGACGAGGGAAAGAUGUACGGUCGCAAUGAGCUUAUUGCCAGAUACAUCAAGCUGAGAACAGGCAAAACCCGCACACGAAAACAGGUAUCUAGUCACAUACAGGUGUUAGCACGGAAGAAAGUUCGAGAGUAUCAAGCAGGUAUAAAGGCCAUGAACUUGGAUCAAGCGUCCAAAGACAAGGCUCUCCAGAACAUGGCGGCACUCUCCUCCGCUCAGAUCGUGUCUCCGAGUCUGAUCAAGACCUCUCUUCCUCCUCUCCCACAGUCCCCGUACCCGCCGUCUGCACGAUUCUGGCCGACCCCCAUCCCGGGUCAACCUGGACCCUCUCAGGAGCUGGUUCUUAAGCACAACCCAGGAAGAAGUCCUGGGCUUGGUCGCACCAGCUACGCCAUCAAGCCAUUUGCACAAACUCCUUACCCAAACCUAUCAGGACCUGUUCAACCCUUAUCAUCAUACGAGCCUCUGGCCCCUCCUCCCCCGCCGGUGGCCACCGCAGUGCCCGUGUGGCAGGAUCGCACCAUCGCCUCCUCAAAACUGCGUCUUCUGGAGUACUCCGCGUUCAUGGAGGUCCCGCAGGACCAGGACUCUUACAGCAAACACCUGUUUGUUCACAUUGGCCAGACCAACCCGUCCUACAGCGACCCUCUGCUGGAGGCGGUGGACAUCCGACAGAUCUACGACAAAUUCCCUGAGAAGAAGGGAGGACUCAAGGAGUUGUACGAGAAGGGCCCUCAAAAUGCGUUCUUCCUCGUCAAAUUUUGGGCGGAUCUGAAUAACAGUGGCGUCCAGGAUGGGCCGGGCUCCUUCUACGGAGUCAGCAGUCAGUACAGCAGCUCAGAGAACAUGACCAUCACCGUCUCAACCAAAGUCUGCUCCUUCGGGAAGCAAGUGGUGGAAAAAGUGGAGACCGAGUUCGCUCGUGUUGAGGGAGGGAAGUGUUUGUAUCGCAUCCAUCGUUCUCCCAUGUGCGAAUAUAUGAUCAACUUCAUCCACAAGCUCAAGCACCUGCCUGAGAAAUACAUGAUGAACAGCGUAUUAGAAAACUUCACCAUCUUACAGGUGGUGACCCACAGGGAAACCCAGGAGACACUACUGUGUAUAGCGUUUGUAUUCGAAGUGUCGACGAGUGAACACGGGGCACAAUACCACGUCUAUAGGCUCAUUAAGGACUAGCGCGCUUCUGUCAACAGACUUCUGUUGCUUUGCACACUCCCUCCGUCACACGUGUGGAGGAAUAUGCCAAAUUGUCCAAACAUCGGAGGAAUACGCCAAAAUGUUACACAAAACCAAAUGUUUUGCUUCUGUUCUGAUCCUGGUGCACAAUUUGAUCGAGUCU